AUGUUGAGAGGUGAAGGAAGCAAGCUAGCGUUCACAAGGAUGGAGAUGAUAAGAGGAGCAAGGAGGAUACUCAAAACACAAACCAAGGAGGACAUAGAAGAGGUUGAGAGGGUGAGGGAGGAAAGGAGAACCAAAAGAAGGAAUGAUCCUCUCAGCAGUGAGAGCGAAGCAGGAGAGUUUGAAAUUGGGGUGAACAUCCCACAUGAGGAGAAUGAUGACUCCUCAAGUGAAGAAGAGGGUGAAGAGAUCAAUCAAGAGAUUGAGGAGAGUGAGCAUGAGGGCAAUGAGAAUGUGCCCAUGGAAGAGGAGGAGUCAAGUGAAGAAGAGGAUGAGCUCCCCAUGUACCAAGAGCACUAUGAUGCUCUUUUCUCCAUGGACUUCAUGGACACCAAGUACCCACAUGUUGACACCAUGAAGGCCCUUGGAAUCUUUGAAGAUGUGGAGUUGGUCCUCAAGAACAUGCACUUGGCCAAGCUCUUCUCCUACCACAUGGAAUCCUACAAGGAGCUCACUUGCGAGUUCCUAGCUUCAAUGAGGUACCACAUGUAUGAGGAAGAAGAUAGAGCUGAUUUGGACCAAGGAUUGGGAUGGAUCACGUUCUUGGCUAAGGGAGAGAAGAGAAUGGUGACCUUUAGGCAGCUGGAGAUCUUGUUUGGGUUCAACUAUGGAGAGGGAACCAAGUGGAACUUCAAGGAAAAGGAACUCCAAAGGGUUUGGGCUACAAUCGCUGAUGGAGUGUACUCUUCCUCAAGGUCCAAGGCAGCUCAGAUCAGGAGCCCAGUCUUGAGAUAUGUGCACAAGGCACUUGCCAACACCUUCUUUGCAAGGAAGGCAACCGGGACAAUCAACGAAGGGGAACUAAAGUUUCUUGACAUGGGAAUCAAUGGGAAGCGAUGUGAUGUAUAA